AGCGAGUUUAACCAGUAUCGAGUAAAGAGACAUAUUGAGGAAGGAAAGGACUUGCAUCGCGAACCAGUUCUGACUGACUUGUGGAAGAGAUUAUGAUGAUGAUGUUGUUUAUGAUGAUGAUGCUGAUGAUGAUGAUGGUUUCAGAAACAGUAGAAGAUGAAGUAGCAGAGUAUGAGCGGCUGACAGGUCGUACUCCAGCAGAACGUCAAAGACAGGAAUCUUUCUCUGGUUACACUUUAGCUAUUGUGGACUCGGUAACAAAACUGACGCGCUGCCUUAGAGAAUGUGAACUACGUUUGCAUGCUGAAGUCACUGUCAGGGAACGGCUUGCACAGGAUGUAUUGCAAUUUAAAGCAUUGGUUGAUGCAUUAACUUCUGAUAUUAUUCUUAAACAAGAGGAAUUUCACACUAGGGCGUCUGAGUUCCGAAAAUUCAGACAAGAUACUCAGGCUGAAAUACAAAGAUUGAAGGUAUCAGUGGUCUUGAAUUUCCAUGGUGAACAGCCACAGUCAUCACAGCGGUGGAGCCCGGCUCAGUCAGUGAACUCCAAUCCUGCAGAACCAGUUCAGACCCAGACACUACCAAAAGCCCAGCAGCAUCAAGAAAUUCAAAAUGUGCCUAGUAAGCAACCAUUUGGAGAUCAUCUGAAGCCUGUUUCUGCUGCUGUUAUGUUAUCUCCCCCUGUGAGAAGGUCGAGAGUUAUAGAACCUGAGAGACAAGUUGUUAAGCAGCAGGGUUCCUUGUUAGACUAUCAGGACUAUGUUUCAAGUGUGGAUAGUUCCGCCUUGCAAGAAGAUUUUGCUGAGCUGCCAGGCCUCUGUACAACAAGUCUUGUUCAAGUCAUCAACCCAAACACUGGUCCCCUGCAGACAAACAGAUUACCGAGUGCGGAACCAGCUUCUCAGUCACAGGUUAGAGCUCCUGUAUCGGUGCCAGUGAACUCGGUAAAUGUUCCAAGACUUACACCACUAGUUCAGAGCAAUGUAGGAAUACCUCUACCUUCAGACUCUACUGGGCUCCCGUCCAGAAGUUCUCGACAAUUACCAUUGUCUUUUUAUGAGAAAAUCAGCCAAUAACUGUAAUACCCAAGGACAGACCUCAGACAUUGCAAAGGAUACAUGACCAGAAUAACAUGUCAUCACAAGACCAAUCAAAUUCUUCAGAAAGGUCACAUGACCCAAUGGUUCCUGGUUCAGACCAUGAUUUUCUUGCCUCACAAAUUGCUGAGCUGAACAAACAACCUGCUGAAACUCAGAAAAGACUAAAUAGUUUAAUGUAUCAGCAGCAGGCUGCUCAGAGGUCAAGAUGUUUUAGUACAACAGCAACAACAACAAAUUCAACAACAGCAGGGUCAAGAAGCAAGAUAACAGGUUGUAGAAAACCAACAACGAAUACAACAACAACAACUGCAGUAUGAGCAGCAACAGAGGCUUAAUGAAAUGGUCAUGCAGCAGCAGCAAAUGAUUCACGAACAGCAACAGCAGCAGAAACUCCAGCAGCCGCAGCAGCAGCAGCUUGAGGAGCAGCAGAGGCUUAUUGAAAUGGUCAUGCAGCAGCAGCAAAUGAUUCACGAACAGCAACAGCAGCAGAAACUCCAGCAGCCGCAGCAGCUUGAGGAACAGUAGCAGGUGCAACAGAAUCAUCGCCCCAGACCUACUAUACCGGCUGAGAUGACAAAUGGAACGGCAAAUGUCAGACAGUCAACAGAGUUACCAGGAUACAAACCUGUACAGAAACAGGUUAAAAUUUAUUAUAUUCCUUUUCUAUUUUAGAAGUUGUUUUAUGUCUGUAUGUGUUUGUUCUGUCAUGCUAGAAAGGUACAAUUUCCUCUGUUGUUUAUAUUCAGCAGUAAUUUUUAAAUAAUAUUUUCACUGAAACCACUAGUCAAUUUCACACAAACUUCAAAAGAAUUCUUUCUGUGUUGUUCCCUUUUCAAAAUUGUUCAAAGAAUUCCAUGCAGAACUCAGUAAAACCUUAAAAAUCUUAAGAAACCAUUUGCACCAUGGUUAUUCGUGCUAUUCACAUUUUUCAGAAACCUGGCCACCUAAGGCUGUUGUCAGUCAGUUUUCCUAGUAUGUAAAUAGUGAAAAUAUCUUUUUAAAAAUGCUGGUCUAAUUUCACAAUAAUUUCAAACUCAUAUCAGUCACUUUUCCCAGUUUGUAUGCAGUGGAUGUCUAAUAGGGUUCUCCAGAUUUUAUUAUAAAUUCACACAAAUAUUCCUUAG